AUGGGUGCGAUAAAAAGCAACAAAAAAAUAGAAAAAGCCCAAGACCCGGCUGGAGUGACCAAAUCCCUUAAAAUUUUCUCACCCAAUGCCCUGAAAAAACUCCACUCCGAUUUCGAGAUCUUGCGCCACACUGCUCUCAAGUGCCCGAAAUGCCUGGAUCUUGGCCAUAUCAACAAGAAUGGCCAUACUAAAACGGAGCCACCCAUGCCCAUCUUCCUUUGCCGCUGUGGAUAUCGCUUCGGCCAUAUCGACAUGCGAUUUCUCAUCGACCAACACAAUGGUCGUGCUGCCUCUGUCUCUGCCUUGCUCCCCAAGGAUUCCAAAAUGACCGAAGCUGAACAGGCUUCUGUGCCACCUUCUGCUCCCAGUGAAACUCCGAUUUUCCAGCCGCUGUCUGCUCUGCGUUUUGAACACCAUGAAGCCUUGCCUGAAUUUAUGACCACUAUCAUGGCUGAACUUAAUCAAAUGCGCACCCGCAUGGACCAGUAUGAUGCACUAAUUGCUGAAAAUCAGAGAUUGAAAAAGUCAUUGGCUGCUGCGGAAGCCAAAAUCGCCCAACUUGAAGCUCAGACCUCUUUCCCUGCUCUGUCCGGUGCCAUGGCAUCGAAAUAUGCCCAUGACACCAUUCCGCCGCCCACCCCUGCCGCCCCCGCGACUGAUGACACAUGGGCUAAGCGUGCGCAACACGCAAAAAAACCCAAAGUGUCCCCUAGGCGCAUGACCACACUCGCCCGAGCUUUUGCCCCCACUAGUGAAACUCACGGAUUUCAGUAUGUGUACAUCCCCAGCAAAUUCCGUAUGAAGACCAAGGCCCUUAGACAGACCUUACGUACGCUUGGUUUCGACAAUUCUCGAAUCCUUGAUAUCCACUAUCCAGACCGUCAGGUCGUUGCUCUGUUGAUCCACAACGACUAUCACGAUACGCUGCUUGCUUCCUUUGCCCGUCACAACAUCACCCCAAUCAAAGACUUCAAUCCCCACGAUCAAUCGCGUCUGCGUGAUCCCAAGUUCAAUACUUUAUCCUUGGAAGACCGUCAGCGUGAAGCCGAUCAGAUCCACCGCCAACGGCUUGAACGCGCUCUCAAGUUCAUUCGUGAACCUGUGAAAUUUGCUGUCGCCCGCUCCUUCCACAGCCAAAAGUGGAUUGAUGAUGAUAUGCUCCGUUCCUUUUUACAAUCCCGUACCCAGACAGAAUCCAAUGCUGCCACCUCCACCAUUCCUUUCCGCACCACGGAUGAUGAUGAUGACAAGAUGAUUCUUUCUGGCAAUAAUUCCACCAGCACCUCCCAACACGAAAAAUCUGAUCAAUGA